AUGUCUUAUAAUUCUGUUUCGGGUGUUGCGGUUCUUGGUCCAGUAAAUGAUAUUCAAGCUCAAAUACUCACUACUGGGGCUCUUGAAUUUCUUGCAAAACUUCAUAGAGCAUUCAAUCCUACUAGGAAGUCUUUACUUCAAC